UUUUAGCUUGGACGCUUGCUUGCUGGCUAGCUAGCUAACGUUAGCUAGCUUUCCAUCAAUGCUUACCGCUUAUUCAAUCGGACAUACAACGAGAUUAUUUAUCUUUCUGUUUUUUAAUUUUACUAUUGCUAAAAAAAGUUAUACGAAUCUUACCGACACAUUCAUGUCAUCCGAUGAACUGUGUAGUUUUCGAAAGAUUGCUUCACUUGCUAGCUAGCAAGCGAGCUAUCUUAAUUUCCGGUGUUUUUUGUUGUUGUUUUAUUCGCUAACUAACGUUAACUUUACAACGAUUUUGGAAGCUAUUUCUAAAGUAGAUAUCUAUAUAUUUUUUUGUUGGAAGUACAAAAUACAAUUACUCUGUUAGUAGUUGAAGGUAAGGAAGUCAACAUGCCGGUACAUUCUCGAGAAAAGAAAGAAAGUAACCACGAGGAGAUGGAAGUCGACUAUCCCGAACAAGAUGGGAGCAGUUCAGACGAGGAUGACACUGAAAGCUCGUCCGUGUCAGAGGAUGGGGACAGCUCGGAGAUGGAUGAUGAGGACUGUGAAAGGAGAAGGGUGGCGUGCCUUGAUGAAAUGACAAAUCUGGAGAAACAAUUUGGAGACCUGAAAGACCAGUUGUACAAGGAGAGGUUGAGUCAGGUGGAUGCCAAACUCCAGGAGGUGAUUGCAGGCAAGGCUUCGGAGUACCUGGACCCUCUGGCAAGUCUGCAGGAGAACAUGCAGAUCAGAACAAAGGUUGCUGGGAUCUACCGGGAGCUCUGUAUAGAGUCUGUAAAAAACAAGUACGACUGUGAAAUCCAAGCAGCUUUCCAGCACUGGGAGAGUGAGAAGUUGCUAUUGUUUGAUACAGUGCAGAGUGAACUUGUGGAAAAGAUCAGGCGACUGGAGGAGGACAGGCACAGUAUAGACAUAACCUCAGAGCUCUGGAAAGAUGAGCUGCACUCAAGGAAGAACAAGAGGAAAGAUCCAUUUAGUCCAGACAAAAAGAAGAAGCCAGUUGCUGUGUCAGGACCAUAUAUUGUCUACAUGCUACAAGACUUGGAUAUACUGGAGGAUUGGACAGCAAUCAGAAAGGCUGUGGCUACUUUGGGACCUCACAGAGGUAAAACUGAUGUCCCCACCAAUAAGAAUGAAAGGUAUCAGCAUAACGCUCGAUCAGAAGAGGGAAAGUUGAGUUAUGACGGAGAAUGGUACUGCCGUGGACAGACGAUAUGCAUCGACAAGAAAGAUGAAUUUCCCACAAGAGCCAUAAUUACCACAAUCAACCACGAUGAGGUUUGGUUCAAACGACUAGACGGCAGUAAAUCCAAGCUGUACAUCUCUCAGCUCCAGAAAGGCAAAUACACUAUCAAACACUCCUAAUUAUCAGGUCAACUUGCACCACUCCCUCUCCAAAGCUCAGGAGUUAUUCAAAGAUCCCCAUGGUGCCAUCUUCUGCCUAUUUCAAGUUUUCUAAUGAAUUCUGAAUUAAAUACUUAAAAUACAAUUUAUAUGAAAUACAA